GUCAGAUCCCAUCCAUCUUCUUCGACUUCUUCUUCUCCUCCUCUCUCUCUCUCUCUCUCUCUCUCUCUCCCUCUCCCCCCCUUCCCCAACACACAUCACUCGUCUUCCACAACUUUCUCUUUCCCCCCUCCCCUCCCCUCCCCCUCCUCCUCCUCACCUUCUCCUCUUGCCGCAACGUCGGGACUGCAAGAGUCCAUCUCGCCCAUCAUGGCGUCCCUCUUCAGCGGUCCCCCCGCCACGCGCCCCCUUGUUCUCCACUCGCAGGCCGCCCGUGUCAACAUUCUCGUCCCCGCUUCCCCCCUUUCCGCCUGGGUCGCCUCUGAAGUCCUCGCCCAGGAGUUCCACGACUCCCCCUUGAGCAAGGAUGACGCCCCCGAGCCCACCGCCGACGACGACGACGAUGGCGCCGCCGUCCCUACCGGCCCAGACAACGAGUCUCAGGUCAAGCUCCUCGCCCGUUUCCUCGGCUUUGCCGCUGACAAGCUCACCGCCGGCGGUGACAACACUUCCGAGAUUACCCAGGUCGUUCUCGCUGCGUACAACCGCUUCAACGAGCUCUUCCUCGGCACCGUGAACGUUCACUCGCUCCUCCAGUCUUACGACCCCGAGCCCCGUGCCGAGAUCCUUACCGCCUACUUCAAGGCCUUUGCCGCCCUCCGCGCCGCUCUCGGCGCCAAGGAGGUGCCCGCCGCCCACCCCUCGGCCCUUAUCGAGGCCGCCAAGAAUGGUGAUGCCGAGCUUUACGGCCUCUUUGGUGGCCAGGGCGUCAACGAGUACUACUUUGAGGAGCUCCAGUCGCUCUUUGACAUUUACCGCCCAUUCGUCGAGGACAUCCUUACGAGCCUCUCGCAGGAGGUUACUGCCCCUCUUGCCGACAAGGCGACUGCCGAGGGCUACACCUACUACGUCGACGGUCUCGACGUGAUUUCGUGGCUCAACGGCUCCAAGCCCCGCCCUUCGGUCGACUACCUCGCCUCGAUCCCGGUCUCGCUCCCCCUGAUCGGCAUCACCCAGCUUGUCCAGUACAUUGUCUCGGCUCGCAUUGCCGACGUCACCCCCGGUGACCUGCGCAGCAUUAUCAAGGGUGCUACUGGCCACUCGCAGGGUAUCAUCUCUGCCGUUGCCAUCGCGGCUUCCUCGUCGUGGGAGUCGCUUGAGCAGAACAUUGCAAAGGCGGUCAAGCUGCUUUUCUACAUUGGUCUUCGUGGCCAGGAGUUCUUCCCCCUCCUCUCGCUCGACCCCGAGAUCGUCGCCGACGCCAACGAGCACAAUGAGGGCACUCCCACCCCAAUGUUGGCUGUCAACGGUCUUAGCCGCAAGGCCCUCGAGGGCCACAUCGAGAAGGUUAACAAGUUCCUUCCCGAGAACUCCAAGGUUGGCAUUUCGCUCUUCAAUGCUGCGACAAUGUUCAUUGUGACUGGCCCCGCCAAGUCCCUCUACGGCCUCGCCACCGCCCUCCGCAAGGUUCAGGCACCUGCCGGCCUCGACCAGGGUCGCACUCCUUUCUCGCAGCGCAAGUCGGUCUUCACCAUCCGCUUCCUGCCCAUCAAUGUGCCUUUCCACUCGGACUACCUCAUCGGUGCGACCGACAAGCUCCUCUCGGAGGACCUCAAGGACGCCACCAUGUUCAAGGCGUCCGACCUCGGCAUGCCGAUUUUCAACACUGAAGACGGCUCUGAUCUUCGCAAGCUUUCGGGUUCGCUCGACAAGGAGCUCUGCGACCAGAUCUUCACCAAGCACAUCCACUGGGCAAAGGCUUGCGACUUCCCCAAGACCGCAACCCACGCCAUUGACUUUGGCCCGGGCGGCAAGACCGGUGUCGGGUUCCUUACUGCGCGUGUCAGCGAGGGCCGUGGCGUCCGUGUGGUCUUCACCACCGAGAAGGGCAAGAUUGGUGCCGAGCUCUACGACGCGGUCAAUAUCCGCCGUGAGCCCAUCUGGCACGACCAGUUCCACCCUCGCCUCGUCAAGACCGCGGACGGCAAGGUCAACAUUGACACCUCGUUCUCUCGCCUCCUUGGCAAGCCCCCCAUCAUGAUUCCCGGUAUGACUCCCACUACCGUCGGUGCCCAGAUGGUCUCGGCUACUCUUAACGCGGGUUACCACAUCGAGCUUGCCGGUGGCGGUCACUUCAACGAGGAGGUGCUCCGCGCCAAGAUUGCCGCUAUUGAGCAGCGCAUCAAGCCCGGAAUCGGCAUCACCCUGAACGCGCUCUACAUCAACAUGAGACAGUUCUCGUUCCAGUUCCCUCUCUGGCAGCAGAUGCGCCGUGAGGGCCACCCCGUUGAGGGCUUCUGCAUUGCUGCCGGUAUCCCCUCGUCGGAGAAGGCGACCGAGAUCAUCGACGCCCUCCGCGCCGCCGGCAUCAAGCACGUUGGCUUCAAGCCCGGAUCCGUUGAGGGUAUCCGCCAGGUUGUCAACAUUGCCGCCGCCAACCCCGACUACCCCAUCAUCCUCCAGUGGACCGGUGGCCGUGCCGGUGGACACCACUCGGCUGAGGACUUCCACCAGCCCAUGAUCGCUACUUACAGCUCGAUCCGUCAGUACCCCAACAUCUGCCUCAUCGCCGGUUCCGGCUUUGGUGGCGCCGAGGACGUCUGGCCCUACAUCUGCGGUGACUGGUCCGUCAAGAUGUUUGGCCUCCAGCCCAUGCCCUUUGACGGUGUCCUCUACGGCUCGCGUGUCCUUGUCGCCAAGGAGGCCGAGACCAGCCCAUCGGUCAAGCAGCUCAUCGUUGAGGCCCCCGGUGUCACCGAUGCCGACUGGGAGGGCACCUACACCAAGCCCACCGGUGGUAUUCUCACCGUCCGCUCGGAGCUGGGUGAGCCCAUCCACAAGAUUGCCAACCGCGCCGUCGUCCUCUGGAAGGAGUUUGACGACACUGUGUUCAACAUGCCGCGUGACAAGCGUCAGGCAUGGCUCGAGAACAACCGCGAGUGGAUUGUCAAGCGUCUUAACGCCGACUUUAACAAGCCCUGGUUCGGCCAGAAGAAGAGCGGCGAGAUUGUGUACGACAUCUCGCACAUGACCUACGAGGAGACCAUCACCCGCAUGUUUGACCUCAUGUACGUUGCCAAGCAGAAGCGCUGGGUCGACGUCUCGCUCCGCAACCUUCUCGGUGACUGGCUCCGCCGCGUUGAGGAGCGCUUCGCCGGUGUCGACGGCGCGCGCACCAAGGAGUCGCUCGUUCAGUCGUACAAGAGCCUCGAGGACCCUACCCACGUUCUCGAGCUCUUCUUCAGCUCUUACCCCAAGACCAAGGACCAGCUCGUGUCGUCCGACGACAAGUCGUACUUCCUCAACAUCUGCAACCGUGUGUGGCAGAAGCCCGUGCCCUUCAUCCCCGUCUUCGACAACAAUUUCGAAUUCUGGUUCAAGAAGGACUCGCUCUGGGCUGCCGAGGAUGUCGAGGCUGUUCCCGAGGGCGACGCUCAGCGCGUUUGUAUCCUCCAGGGCCCCAUGGCCGCCAAGUUCUCGACUGUCGCCGACGAGCCGAUCGCCGACAUGCUCGGCAACAUCGAGGGUCUUCUCGUCAAGAAGAUCCUUGAGCGCUACUACGACAACGAUGAGUCGAAGGUCCCCACCCUUGACUACAUCGGUGCCCGCCCGCCCACGGCCCACACUCACAUCGCUCACGAGUCGUUUGAGGGCAACACCCGCUCGCUCCAGCUCACCGACCGCCUUCCCCGCGUCGAGGACUGGCUCCAGCGCAUCGCCGGCCCCAAGCUCAGCUGGCUCCGCGCUGCCCUUACGACUGUCAACGUUGUCCAGGGCGGCAACUACGUCACCAACCCCUUCCGCCGCAUCUUUGCUCCCCGCAAGCACCAGAUCGCACGCAUUGAGGAGGACUCUAACGGCGUGCCCGUUAGCGUCAAGGUUUACGGCGCCAUCCGGUCGUCGGGCUACGCUCACCCCGACUUCAAGGCCGUCGACCUCUCUUACGACUCCAAGUCGCGCAAGAUCACCCUCCAGCUCAACGAGGAGCGUCUCGGCUCGUCCGUGCCCCUCACCUUUGAGUUCCUCUAUAAGCCGGAGCAGGGCUACGCCCCCAUCCACGAGGUCAUGGAGGGCCGCAACAAGGCCAUCAAGGACUUCUACUGGCGCCUCUGGUUCGGCGACAACGAGAAGCUCCCCUCGCUGCCGCUCGACAACACCUUCACUUGCGGCGAGACCAAGGUCGACCCGGUCACCAUCCAACGCUUCUGCGACGUGGUUGGAAACCAGGGUGAGGCCUUCAAGCAGCGCCGCAACAAGAACAUUCUUGCGCCCAUGGACUACGCCAUCGUUCUUGGCUGGCAGUCGAUCAUGAAGACCAUCUUCCCCGAGGCCAUCGACGGUGACCUCAUCAACCUUGUCCACCUCUCGAACGGCUUCCGCUUCGUUGAGGGCGCCGCGCCUCUCAAGGCCGGCGACGUUUGCACCACUGAGGCGCGUGUCACCUCGGUUGUCAACUCGGACUCGGGCAAGACUGUCAAGGUCAAGGGCUACGUGCUCCGCAACAAUGAGCCCGUGAUUGAGGUUGACUCGGCCUUCCUCUACCGUGGUCGCUUCGCCGACUACCCCAACACGUUCGAGACCGUCGACGAGCCCGACUAUGUUGUCAAGCUCGACAAGCCCACUUCGGUCGGCGUUCUCCAGUCCAAGGAGUGGUUCGAGUGGGACGACGACUCGGUCCCCCUCGAUGUCGGCUCCGAGCUCACCUUCAAGGUCAAGUCAAAGUACCACUUCAAGGACAAGUCGACCUACGCUUCGGUCCAGGUCACCGGUGCCGCCUUUGUCCGCAGCCAGACCAAGGCUCUUGUGCAGGUCGCCACCAUCGACUACGAGGCCCACAACUCGCACGGCAACCCGGUUGUCGAGUAUCUCAAGCGUGUGGGCAAGUCGGUCGGCCUUCCUGUGCCUCUCGAGUCCGGCUACUCCCUCAUCACCGACCAGGCCGCGGCCACCUUCAAGACCCCCGCUUCCAACGAGGCGUACUCCAAGGUCUCGGGUGACUUCAACCCCAUCCACAUCAACCCCUACUUCUCUGACUUCGCCAACCUUCCGGGCACCAUCACCCACGGCAUGUGGUCGUCGGCCGCUACUCGCAAGUACGUCGAGUCCGUUGCCGCCGACAACCACCCCGAGCGUGUCAUUUCGUACAACGUUGGCUUUGUCGGCAUGGUCCUCCCUGGUGACGAGCUCCACGUCAAGCUCACCCACACUGCCAUGCACGACGGCAAGAAGGUCAUCAAGGUUGAGGUCUUCAACCAGGACGACACCAAGGUCCUUGACGGUCAGGCCGAGGUUCUCCAGCCUCCCACCACCUACGUCUUCACCGGUCAGGGUUCGCAGGAGGUUGGUAUGGGCAUGGAGCUCUACAACAACUCCGAGGUCGCCCGUGCGGUUUGGGACGCUGCCGACGCCCACCUUACCUCUGUGUACGGCUUCUCGAUCAUUGACAUUGUCAAGAACAACCCGAAGGAACUCACCAUCCACUUCGGUGGUAUCAAGGGCCAGGCUAUCCGCCAGCGCUACAUGGAGCUCACCUACGACUCUGUCGACGAGCAGGGCCAGGUCAAGACCCAGCCCCUCUUCGGCGACAUUGACCUCCACACCACCUCGUACACCUUCUCGCACCCCCAGGGUCUUCUGUACGCUACCCAGUACACGCAGAUCGCCCUUGUGGUCACCGAGAAGGCGGCGUUCGACGACAUGAAGGCCAAGGGUCUGAUUGACCAGAACGCCUCGUUCGCUGGUCACUCGCUCGGCGAGUACUCGGCGCUUGCUGCCAUUGCCGAUGUCCUCCCGAUCUCGGCCCUCUCCGACGUCGUUUUCUUCCGUGGUAUCACCAUGCAGCGCGCGGUCAAGCGUGACGCUGAGGGCAAGUCGCAAUACGCGAUGAUGGCCGUCAACCCUUCGCGUGUUGGCCGGACAUUCUCAGAGCCCGCGCUCCGUGAGAUUGUUGACCAGAUCUCGUCGCAGAAGGACUCGCUGCUUCAGAUCGUCAACCUCAACGUCGCCGACCAGCAGUACGUCUGCGCCGGUGAGCUUCGUGCUCUCGCGACUCUCACCAACGUCCUCAACGUCCUCAAGCACCAGAAGAUCGACCUCGAGAAGCUGUCCAAGACCAUGUCUGUCGAGGAGCUUAAGGAGCACCUUGUCGGCAUCAUUGACGGCGGCUGGGACAUGAUGCUGGAGAAGAAGAAGAAGGACGGCGGCGAGGUCCACCUCGAGCGUGGCUACGCCACAAUUCCUCUGCCCGGUAUCGACGUGCCCUUCCACUCUCGCUACCUCUGGCCCGGUGUCCUCUCCUUCCGCAACUACCUCAUGAAGAAGAUCGACCCCGAGCACCUCAACCCCGACCGCCUCGUUGGCAAGUAUAUCCCCAACUUGAUCGCCGAGCCGUUCGAGGUCACCAAGGAGUACGUCAAGAAGAUCUACGACGAGACCAACUCGCCUCGUAUGGAGUCGGUCCUCAAGGGCUGGGAGAAGGACUCGUGGGACUCGGCGGCCAACCGCCAGCGACUCGCGUACAACAUCCUCACCGAGUGCCUCGCGUACCAGUUCGCGUCGCCCGUGCGCUGGAUCGAGACCCAGGAUGUCCUCUUCACUCAGGCCAAGUUCGAGCGCUUCAUUGAGGUCGGCCCUGGCCCCGUUCUCUCGGGUAUGGCUACGCGCACCCUCAAGGCCAAGUACGAGGCCCAGGACGCUGCCACCGCUGUCAAGCGCCAGAUCCUCUGCCACGCCAAGAACCAGAAGGAGGUUUACUACGCCUUCGAGGACGAGGCCGGCGAGGACGCUGCUCCUGCCGCUCCCGCCGCGGAGGAGAAAGCUGCCCCUGCCGCUGCCGCUGCCCCGGCUCCGGCUGCGGCCCCCGCUCCUGCCCCGGCUGCCUCGGCUGGCCCCGCUGCCGCCGUCGACGACGUGCCGCCCAAGGCUGUCGACACCGUCCGCAUCAUCGUCGCUCAGAAGCUCAAGAAGCAGGCCAGCGAGAUCCCUCUCUCCAAGUCGCUUAAGGAGCUUUCCGGCGGCAAGUCGACUCUUCAGAACGAGAUUCUCGGCGACCUUGGUGUCGAGUUCGCGUCGGCGCCGGAGAAGGGUGAGGACCUUCCUCUCGACGAGCUUGGUGCCGCCCUCUCGGUCGGCUACGGUGGUCUCGGCAAGCACUCGAUGGGUCUCACCAACCGCAUGAUUGCCUCCAAGUUCCCCGGUGGCUUUAACAUCUCGGCAGCCCGUAACCACCUCAACAAGCAGUGGGGUCUUGGCCCGCUCCGCUCCGACAGCGCACUGUUCUUCGGCAUCCUUAACGAGCCGCCAAAGCGUCUCGGAUCUGAGGCUGAGGCCAAGGCCUUCCUCGACUCGGUCGCCCAGUCCUAUGCCUCCUACUCUGGCAUCACCCUCUCGCAGGGCGGUGCCGGCGGUGGUGGUGGCGGCGGCGGUGGUGGUGCCGUCAUGAACUCGGAGGAGUUCGACAAGUUUGUCAUCAAGCAGGAGGAGCAGGCUCAGCGCGAAAUCGAGCUCCUGUCGCGCUACCUCGGCAAGGACCCUCGUGCUGGCGAGAAGCGCGCCGACGCAGCCAAGGCCGAGGCCGACGCUCUUCAGGCCAAGCUCGACGCCAUCAAGCUCGAGCACGGCGACGCGUACAUUGACGGCAUUGCACCCGCGUUCAGCGCCAACAAGGCGCGCAUCUUUGACAGCUCGUGGAACUGGGCACGCCAGAGCUCGCUGCAGCUCUUCUACGACAUCAUCCAGGGCCGCCUCGACCCCAGCACCAUCUUCGAGAGCGAGCGCGAGCCGCGAUACCGCCCCACCCAGUAAACGGCGAAAGUGUAGUAGAGGUUCCGUACAUAUAGAGAAAUCGCUCCAGAGUUUUGUUCAUUGUCGCAUAUAAGGAGCAUGCAUCGGUUAGUAUUCGAAUUGAG